UGCGCGCCCGCACGUCCUGGCACCCUGCUUAGAGACAACGGUUUGACCGCGACCAAUGAUCGUCCUCGGCUCACAUUGAUAUUGAUAAUGAGAUCCGAUCCUGCGCUCGUCCGUCGAGUCUUUCUCGUCAGUCGGUACGUCCUGCCCCCGAGCCCCUAGCUACGACGCAAAAACAGAAAACCUGGCUCGCACGGUGAGUUAAACGACAGACGCACAGUGGCUCGCCGCGACUCGUAAAACCGUAGUUCCAUAGCCGUUUCCGUCCGGUUCGAUUAUUCACAAAAGAAGCCGUCGCAACCGUUAAGGUACCUGUUUGCGAUGACCGUCUUAACGUUCCCGUCUGCCUGCGGCAAGCCGGACAAAGCGCCAUUGAUCGGYGCCGGAGAAGUCCACCGUGGUCAGACCCAGCCACCGCCGCCAUAUCACCCCAAGUUCGUGGAGACCGGCGACGGUGGUUUGCCGAACGGUGCCAAAAACGGCCAGAAGGUCGGCGUGUGCAUCCACCACUCGGCCGAGCGCACUCGGAUUGUGUUCAAGAUGGCCAAGAUCUCGGCAAUCCUGGUGUCGUUUCUACUGAUCCUUUAUUUCUCCGUCGAUGCGCUGUGCAAGGCUUACGUUCAUGACCUACAACAGAAGCAACAGGACACAGUGGACGAAGCCGCCGUGCCUUGCAAAUCUUACUCGUCGUAUGCAGACGCUGAGAACGAUAUGCUGUUGUUGCCAGAGUUAUUGCCCACUUCUCCACCUCCGAGCUCCAAAAACUUGGUCAUCUCGAUGGUUAUCAACCCGCCAGAGGUAACCAUUAAAAAGGUGCCGCGGAUCGUCAUCAACAAAUCAGCUCGUUUCUUGCAUGACUUUGAUAUCAACAUUACCGCCAUAGUUGACUUUGAGAACCAACGCUGUUACGUUAUGCCGCUGCUUCGCAAUUCCGUCGAGCCGCCCGAGUCUCUGUUGGAUAUGUUGGUUAAAAUGUCAUCAGGAUACUAUUCAAUGGACAUUAACAAAAUUCUCAGUAGCUAUCACAUGGUCCAACCGGCCAUCAACCAUCUCUCUGAUUACGGCAUSUACAUUUCUAAAGACUGUGCUGACUAUCCCACUUUCAAACUGGAGAAAGACAUAGCAACCGAUUCCCCAUAAGAAGUCAGUUAAUGAACACCCAACUCAUCACAACAAUAUUUAAAUAUUCUUUUUACACUAAAAAAAAAAAAAACACAUUUGUUAAUCGCAUUGACUAUACUCAGCUGUGGACCACUAAUUCUGUUACCAAUUUUGACUAAGUUUCUUAGCUGUGUUGUUCCUAUUGUUUUGUGUUCUCAGUAGUUUAAAGUGCAUACAUUUUUUCACAGCUAGUAAUUUAGACAAGAUUUUUUAUCAUUGAAUGUAUCUAAUCUCUUUUUUUUUUCUGUACAUAAUUUCUAGCUACCCACAUUGAGCGAUUUUGAAAUGUUUAUCAGCAUCCAUUCAACAUUUAUAGCAUUCAAUAAUGUUUAAAUAUUUUAUUUAUAAUAUAUUUAAUAUUUAUCUAUACAUUAAGGUUGUAGAUUCAUUUUUUCAGUCUUUGUUUGCAUGGUUGUAGACAGGCCAUAUUUUUCUUGUAGAUUCAACAAAAGUUAAUUAUACUGCAAUUAUCAAUGAAUAUUCUAUUWAAGUAAAAAAUAUAUUUAAAGUGAUUWUAUCUGUACAAAACUCAAUUAAUAUGAGAUAGAUCAUAAAUGUUUUUGGCCAUAUAAUAUUGUUUUAACCAUACAUUUUUAAGAAUAUCUUUGUUAUGCUAAGCACUUAAUACUAUAUUAAUUAUCUUUAUUA